AUGGAAAUUUCAAAAAAGGUACUCCUCCUAAGCACAAUCGCUUUCUCUAUAAUAUGUGGAAAAUAUGUGGGAAGUGCAAGUGACCUGGGAAUUUCAGCAGACAUAAGUGAUGAACUCGCAGAGACUAGACAUAAGGAACGUCCUUCAAGAAGAAUCAUCGCCGGUCGUCACAAACGCCAAGCGUUGAAAAAAGACGAAACUAAGAUCUGGUCAAGUGGAAUUAUACGUUACUAUUUCGACACUUUUGUAGGUGGAAAAACGAAGAAGGGUUUUGAAAGAGCAGCUAACGCUUGGCAAAAGGACACAUGCGUCAAAUUCGAGAAAAUCGAGAAAAACACGCACAUAGAGGAAGAUGUGCUGAUUGUGACUAUUGAUGCGGAGGACAAAAAAGCAUGCGUAUCACACGUUGGAAAACUUGGAGGAAUACAACCGCUGUACCUCGGUGACGGUUGCGAAUCAUUUGCACAUGCUGCUCAUGAGAUCGGCCAUGUUCUGGGACUGUUUCACACUCAAAACAGACAUGAUCGUAACAAUCAUAUUACUGUUAAUCACAACAACAUAAAGAAAGAGUAUAAGGAUCAAUACGUACUGAAGAAUGAAGGCGAGAACGACAACUACGGUCUGCCAUACGACUAUGGAAGUAUUAUGCAUUAUGGUUCUCCCAUCGUAAAUCCAAAAAUGAUCCCAAAAAAGAAGAAUUACGAGCAGACUAUCGGUUCACCAAUGAUAUCGUUCAUUGAUCUCCUAAUGGUCAAUAAGCUCUACGAUUGUGACAAAAAUUGCAAAGGUGAAGCAACAAAAGCAAACUGUACAAAUAACGGAUUCUCUCAUCCACAAAACUGCAGCAAAUGCAUCUGUCCAGGAGGCUACGAUGGUGAUCUCUGUAAUGAAAGGCCUCCUCUUGUAACUGGGAAUUUUGGCGAAUGCGGUGGAGAUUUAAACGCUACAAGCAGUUGGAAAAUAAAGUUUCUUAUGUUCGCAAACACUAAGAGUGAGGGAGAAUAUUCUACUUGCACCUAUUGGAUAAGGGUUGCUGCUGUUCACGGUGAACCAGUCCAAGGAUGUGCUAAAGGAGGAAUAGAAAUCAAAACGAACGAGGAUCAAAGAGUUACUGGCCACAGGUUCUGCUCGCUAGAUGAAGAAGAGAUCAUACUUGAGUCAACACGCACCCUCGUCCCUGUAAUUCUCUACUCUAAUGUCUUGUUCCCAGUCGUCACUGCGACAAUUGAAUACCGAUACGAAGUGGACGAAAAGCUGGCAGCAGACGAAAAAUCUUAA